AUUUCGGGACGCGGGCGAGCGACCAAGCGGACAGGAUCGUGUUUUUCCUUUAACUUUAUUAUUAUUAUUAUUAUUGUUAUUAUUAUUAUUGUUAUUAUUAUUAAUCGUCGCUCGUUCCUCGUUAUUAUUUAUCGCCCAUUUACAAAAAGAGGAGGAGGGGAGAGGGGCAAAGUUUAUCGUUCAUUUCGAUUUUAUUUAUCGUGGACAAGUCCGCUCACGCGUUUCAUCACGCGACUCGCACGACAAUUCGCACAAGAUCGUCCCCGUUCGUGGCGGCGAAUGUUUUCAUCCGCGAGCCAAUUAUUAUUAUUAUUAUUAUUAUUGUUAUUAUUAGCGUUAUCGUUUGGGAGAAAAAGGGGGAUAGGAAAUAUAUCGGAAGGAAUAUUACGACGAUCGGUCAGUUUCGGUUCUCCUCUCUCUCUCUCUCUCUUUCUUCGUCGGGGAGAGGGAGAAGGGGGUCGAGGGUCGUGGAGAUAAGGGAUAAACGUCGGGACGGCCUUCCAUCGAAUGGAAUAAGUAACACGCGAUCGAUCGGCGUUACCUCGCAGUCCAUUUUUCCCCGUUUUCACCACGAGAACGCACCAUGAGGAAUUUGAAUCAGAACGGUCAGGAGUUCGAUCUGAUCGCCGAGAGCGGGAGCAACGAUUUCGACUCGUCCGCAACAACGAUCCGUCAAGAAGAGAACGACGAGGACGAUCUGAACGAUCCGUACUGCGUCGAGGAUAAUCCCCAGAGGAUCACUUUCGAGGACGUCACGUCGGCCGCUUUCAAGAUCAAAUGCGGGAUCAUCAACACGCCAUGCGUGGAACGGAUAUAAACGAAAUACAAACAAUUCCAUUUCCCCCCCUCGAAAUUUCCCCUUUUCCUGCGAAAAAGAACCGAAAAAGUGACAAAACGUCUGCGCCUGUUGCGCAGAAAUCUCGGCUGUCGGACACGAUCGGCGUAGAUCUUUACCUGAAGAAGGAUUUCCUCCAAGUAACCGGAAGCUUCAAGGAGCGCGGGGCGAGGUACGCCCUGGUGAUGCUGUCCGACGAGCAGAAGAAGAUCGGCGUGAUCUCGGCCUCGUUGGGCAACCACGCAGGCGCCCUUUGUUAUCAUGGGUACAAGCUUGGCAUACCCGUGACAGUGGUGAUGCCCGUGAUCGCGCCUAUCAUGAAGAUCGUCGCUUGUCGCCAGUACGGCGCCAACGUGAUCGUCGAUGGCCUCGACAUGGAGGAGGCGAGGCGUAUCGCGCUUAGACGGGCCAAGGAGAAAGGGCUGACGUAUAUAAACGGAUACGAUUAUCCGGACGUUAUAGCGGGGCAAGGGACGCUGGGCCUGGAGAUCGUGGAGCAAGUUUCCAACAUAGACGCUGUGGUCGUUCCGAUAGGAGGCGGCGGUUUGAUCGCGGGCGUAGCUCUCGCGGUGAAGAAUCUUCAUCCGAACGUAACGAUUAUCGGCGUCGAGUCGGAGAAGUGUCCCAGUUUCUACAAAGCACGAAAGGCGGAUCGACCGACGUACACUCGUAUAGAUUCGACAUUGGCCGAUGGCCUGGCCGUGCCAGUGGUCGGAUACAACGCUUUCGCGACCGCGAAUCCGUUGAUCGACAAAUUGGUGGUGGUGAAGGAGGAAUGGAUCGCGAUCGCGAUCCUGAAACUGGUCGAGAACGAGAAGUGUAUCGUGGAGGGUGCAGGCGCCACUGGAUUGGCCGCCAUCUUGGCCGGCCAAUUGGAAGAGCUGAAAGGAAAAAGGGUGGUGCUGCCUUUGUCGGGCGGGAACAUCGACACGACGAUCCUCGGCAGGUGUUUGGACCGCGGACUGGCGGCGGAAGGCAGGCUUUUGAAGUUCACAGUGACGGUAUCCGAUCGACCGGGCGGAAUCGCGGAGCUUUGCCGAAUGCUGGCGAGCAUCGGUGUCUCGAUAAAGGACAUCAUGCACGAGCGGGCUUGGAUCAUGUCGGACAUCUUCAGCGUGGACGUGAAAGUGGUCUGCGAGACCAGGAAUCGGGAACACGCGGAACAAUUGAAGAACAUGCUGUAUCAGAAAUAUCAGAAGGUUGUGUUCGGGACCAGCGACGUGGCCACACUGAAUUUGCCCGCGAGCGUGUAACUCGAAGUCAAUCGGCUUCAAAACUCGAUCAGGACGAGAUUCGAGAAUUAAUUGAAUUGAAUCAUUCCAGAGUCGAUGGAUCGCGGGCCUUGCGAUCGAAGGAAAUGAUUUUUCCUUUUCUUUCGAUCGGAGAUAUUUACUCGAUAUUUUAUUAUAAAAAGAUACGGAGAUUAUUAUUAGAGGACACGGCGUUUGAUUAUUAGGAGUAAUUCGAGAUUGCUUUGAACAUCCUAGAAUCGAUGCGAUUGAAGAAAACGAUUUUUCCUUUUCGAUCAGAUAUUUAUUCGAUAUUUUAUUAUAAAAAUAUAGAAGUUAUUGGAUACAGCGUUUGAUUAUUGGGAACAAUUCAAGAUUGCUUUAAAUAUCCUAGAAUUGAUGCGAUCGAAGAAAACAAUCUUUCCCUUUUGAUCAGAUAUUUAUUCGAUAUUUUAUUAUAAAAAGAUACGGAGAUUAUUAUUAAAGGGCACAUUCGAAGAAAACGAUCUUUCCCUUUCGAUCAGAUAUUUAUUCGAUAUUUUAUUAUAAAAAUAUAGAAGUUAUUGGAUACAACGUUUGAUUUUUGGGAGCAAUUCGAGAUCGCUUUAAAUAUCCUAGAAUUGAUGCGAUCGAAGAAAACGAUCUUUUCUUUUCGAUCAGAUAUUUAUUCAAUAUUUUAUUAUAAAAAUAUGAGAGUUAUUGGAUACAGCGUUUGAUUAUUGAGAGCAAUUCGAGAUCGCUUUGAACAUUGCAGAAUCGAUGGAUGCGAUCGAAGAAAACGAUUUUUCCUUUUCCUUCGAUCGGAUAUUUAUAUUUCAAUUGUAAAAAUAUGAAAUUAUAAUUAAGAAAGAGUUUGAUUUUUGGGAACAAGUUAAGAUCGCUUUGAACAUUGCAGAAUCGAUGGAUGCAAUCGAAGAAAACGAUCUUUCCCUUUCGAUCGGAUAUUUACUCGAUAUUUUAUUAUAAAAAUACGGAGAUUACUAGUAGAGGAGUGUUUGAUUAUUGGGAGCAAUUCGAGAUCGCUUUGAACAUCCAAGAAUCGAUGGAUGCGAUCGAAGAAAACAAUUUUUUCUUUUCCUUUGAUCGGAUGUUUAUAUAUGUAAAAAUAUAAUUAAGAAAAUUAUAAUUAAGAAAGAGUACAGAGUUUGAUUUUUGGGAUUUGAAUAUUCCAAAAUCGAUCGAAGAAAACGAUCUUUCCUUCCGAUCAGAUAUUUACGUAUAUAUAUAAUUAUAAAAAUAUGAAAAUUAGUAUUAAGAGAGAGCGCAACGUUUGAUUUUUAUAAACUUAAUUCGGAUAGACUUAGAGUAUUCGAUCGAGGAACGAAUCUUUGGAUCGAAAUUUUAUAUACCUGUUGUAAAAAAUACAAGAAUUACUAUCAAGACAGUA